CGUCAUUUCAAAGUAAAUUGACAUUAAAUUUAUCUCGUAUAUCACAAUUCAACAUUUUUUUCCCUUCAUUUCUAAUUAGAUUUUAAAAGUAUUGAAUACAAAAGUUAAAAUGAAAGAAAAAAUAUGAGACGAAGAACCAAAUUGUAAACACUUGUGGAGCCCAGCUUCUAUAGUACGUGGGCCAACGUCUCGUGGCCAUGGAUGUAUGAUACAUGACCUGGAGAAUAGAUCUAGGAUUUUGUCACUAGCAGUUACGGCAUUAUCAAUUUGAAGUCAAUCAGAAGCAGGGAUGACGACGAGGAGCAGUGCAGCAAAGAAAACGGCGACCAGAAUUAUGGUAGAUGACGAUGAUGAUUUCGUGGACAAGAUUCCAAUAAUACAGACCAGGAAUUUAGUGAAAACCACCGCAGGGCGAGUGUACAGAAGGUUGUGUGAUGAAGAGAUUUUGGUAGGGAAAACAGGGCUUAAGGUCACUUGUUUUUGUAAUCUUUGUGUUGGUUCGACUACUGUUAAGGGUGUGGUUAGUGCUUUAGAGAUGGCUGAACUGAAGAAUUCCGCUUUUGGUAUUUUCUUCAAACUUGGGAAAAUUAAAUGGGUCAAUGGUCAGUUGUUGAUUUUAUUAGCUUUAAAUCAUGUGGAGCCCAUUAAUAAGAGUGGAGAGGUAGAUAGACUAAACUUUCACAUUGGAGAUAGGAUAGUGGAGUUUAAGAAGACAGAUUUUGCAUUGAUUACUGGGUUGAGGUUUGGAAGGGAGAGUAGGUUUGAAGAUAGUGACCUGGCUAAGGCAAACGACAUAAGCACAAGGUACUUCAAUGGGAAAAUGAGCGUGAGUCGUAUAGAAGUUGAAAAUGUGUUCAAAGGUAUCGCGAAUAGAAGAGAUAAGGAACAGUUGGAUGCUGUGAAAUUGGCUUUACUGAACAUCAUUGUAAACCAUGUGGAAAGUGGUCAAUGGGAUGAGAUGGUUGCCACGACAUCGGAGAAAGCGAUGGAGAAGAUUGCAAUGUUAUUCGCACUUGGAGAUUCAAAGAAAGAUAAGGGUAAUAAUGGCAGUGGUGAGCGCGUCGAUGAAUCGUAUGGGGCUGGUCGAAGGAAACUGAAAGGAAAACUCCAUUGGGGAUGUGAUGGCACAGUGAAUCAUGAGGAGAUUAAUGUUCAGCGAAAGGAGAAACGAAAGAUGCGCAUGGAAGUUACUAAGUUGAGAAUUGCAUUUAAUGCCCACACCCGUCUUCUGAAUGGGUAUAUAUCGAGGAAGAGAAAUGGUAAGCAACGGCAUUCAAGUAAAAAGCGCACAACAGCGGAUAACAGCAUGCCUAGCUUUGAUUUAGGAUUUGAGAGUCAGGAGAACAAUGAUGGCACAGAACAUGAUGUGGCCGAUGAUGUUUGGCAGGAGGAUAUCAAUAUGGACGCUGAGAUUGGGACCCAACCAGGUUUGUCUGGUAAUGACCUGCACGAUCCGUUGAAUGACAUUAGUACACAGGAAGUUGAGGGCAGAUGGUUGAAGUCAUUACAUGGAUUGGGGCUGGGGAAAGAUUCUGAGAAAAAUGGUGACAAGCAGGAGUGUGACAAGGUCUCACUGAAUAUGGUUAAAGACGUCAUGCAGUCAGGCAAUGUGGGCAAGGACGUGACUGUUGAGGAUGUUCCAUGUACUGGUGUGGACAGACCCAAAGAAGCAUCACCAAUGAAUGGUCAGGAAAAUGAUAUUGAAGUAGAUGUUGCAGGAUUCACCGACAAGGUCGAAACCGCCUCGCAAGUAAUAGAGGCUAUUCAGGAUUUACCCGAGGAUGCAAUUUUUUCCCCAGUAGAGGAGAACCUGGGUGAGAAUUAUAAGAAUCCAAAGGAUGAGGUGUUGAGGUCGGGUACUGGCAGUGACUUGCUAAAGGGCAUGUGUGAAGAGGUUAAGGAUUCCAAAGAUGAUGAUGAGGUGGUGAAUGAAGAACCAUGUACACAGAUUGUGGCAUCGGGGCGCAAGUACAAGGCGCAUGAGGAUGUGCUUGACCCAAGUGAGUAUAAGCUUCACUAUGGCGAGGAAGACACACUAACAAAGACCUGGUACUACAACAUCUUUUUCUCCUGGGGAUGGCUUUCAGAUACGCAUCUAGAUGUCAUAUUCUACUACCUUAGAAUGAAGGGAGUAGAGUUUGGGUUGGAGCAACGGUACACGACAACAGACACCUCAUUUCUUGCAUUGUUGAAGACAUUAUGUGGGAGGUAUAUGAAGAAGGAACUAACCAUUGAGGAAGCGACGCGUAAUAAGACAGUAAGAAGCACGAUCAUGGGAGGGAAGAUGGAAUAUGCUCGACCAUGGCAGAGUGCAGAUUUUGUGUACAUGCCGCUGAAUACUGGGAACCAUUGGACAUUGUUGGUGUUGGACAUUAAGCAGAAGUUAAUUAGGUCAUAUGACUCGAGCACCAGGAGAAAUGAUUCAAAAAGGAAGCUGAAGCCGUUUCUACCAUGCCUCCAAAUGUUCCUGCCAAAGAUAAUGGAUAAGUUGGGCGUGUAUGACGGACGGGAGGAAGGUCCAGUGGGAGAUGAUGUCAUAGCAGUUGAAGAUGGAUCGUGCUGCCCCCAACAGAACGACGGGUCUAGUUGUGGGAUGUUCGUGGUGAAGAUGGCUGAAUUUCUGAUGAUGGGGUGUGAUGUGGGGGAUAUGGAUGAUCAUGAAAUCGCUGAAUACAGGAAGAAAAUGACAGUGGAGUUGUUGGCAUACUGUGCCGUCUAGGUUUAAAGACUUUUUUAAACUUGGGCAUACUGACCUAUUCAAAGUCCUAUUUUGUUGCGAAUGUGCAUGGAUUAUGGAGACAUUUGUUUUUGUGAAUUAGACAUUCCAAUUAGAAGGUUGUUUUUUGAUAAAUGUGUUGAUGGUAU